CUGGAGCACCCCCACCCUACCCAACCCCCCCACACACCACCCUACCUGGCUCCCACACGCCCCAGCCCAGACCAGCCUAAUUUCCCCCUGACACCCGUCCUCUGCACCCCCCGACCCCGGCCCCCGUGUGUGCCCCCCCCCCGGCCCCCCACCACGUCGGCAGAGUGGGUGCCAGCCCCCUCCCCGGGGGGCGCCAGUGAGGAGCUGAACGAGCCUCUGGACAAGCCGCUGGAGAACGAUGCGGAGGGGGUCUGGAGCCCCGAUAUCGAGCAGAGCUUCCAGGAGGCCCUGGCCAUCUACCCCCCCUGCGGUCGGAGGAAGAUCAUCCUCUCGGAUGAGGGCAAGAUGUACGGACGGAACGAGCUGAUUGCACGGUACAUCAAACUCCGCACAGGCAAGACGCGAACCAGGAAGCAGGUCUCCAGCCACAUCCAGGUGCUGGCUCGACGGAAGGCCCGAGAGAUCCAGGUGAAGCUCAAGGUACGCUACGACCAGGCAGCCAAAGACAAGGCUCUCCAGAGCAUGGCUAGCAUGUCGUCAGCCCAGAUCAUCUCUGCCACGGCCUUCCAGAACAAGAUGUCUCUGCAGGGCCUGUCGAGGCCAGCCUACCCCGGCGCUGGUGGGUUUUGGCACGGCCCUCUUCCUGGACAACCAGGGGCACCUGAAGACAUUAAGCCCUUCUCCCAGCAGGGUUACGCCAUGCAAGCCUCCGGACCGCCCCCCAUAACAGGCUACGAGAGCACAGCAGGCCUGUCGCCUGGCGCCCCCCCAUGGCAGGGCAGGAGUAUUGCCAGCUCCAGGAUCCGCAUGCUGGAGUUCUCAGCCUUCCUAGAGCAGCCGCAGGACCCAGACACUUUCAACAAGCACCUGUUUGUCCACAUCGGUCAGUCCAACCCCUCGUACAGCGAUCCGUACCUAGAGGCCGUGGACAUCAGGCAGAUCUACGACAAGUUCCCAGAGAAGAAGGGCGGGCUGAAGGAGCUGUUUGACAAGGGCCCCACAAACGCCUUUUUCCUCGUCAAGUUCUGGGCGGACCUGAGUGCUAACGUCCAGGACGACAGCAGCUUCUUCUACGGCGUAUCCAGUCAGUACGAGAGCUCGGAGAACAUGGUCAUCACGUCCUCCACCAAGGUGUGCUCCUUCGGCAAGCAGGUGGUGGAGAAAGUAGAGACGGAGUACGCCCGGUUUGAGAACGGACGCUACAUGUUCAGGAUCCAUCGCUCCCCACUCUGUGAAUACAUGAUCAACUUCAUCCACAAGCUCAAGCACCUGCCAGAGAAAUACAUGAUGAACAGUGUUCUGGAGAACUUCACCAUAUUACAGGUGGUAACAAACAGGGACACCCUGGAGACCCUGCUGUGUAUAGCCUACGUGUUUGAGGUGUCCACUAGUGAACACGGCGCCCAGCAUCACAUCUACAGACUGGUGAAAGACUGACCCCCCCCCCCCCCCCCCCCCCCCCGUGGAGGGAACCUACCACAACACAGAACAACAACAACAGCAGCAGUAAACGACAGACUGUUCCCUCUGUGAGCCGCGAGCAGAGUUCUAGUGUCAGUCAGGACCCCAGGAAGCCCUGUCCGGGCGCCCCAGCCCCGCCCCCGGCGACACUAUUGGAGAAGAGGUCGAAUCGGAUCAUCGGGAGUUGGACUGAACCAACUGUGUGAGUGAUGGGGGGGGAGGGGGGGGGCGGUUUGGUAAAUUAUUAUGGCAUAUACCAAGGAGUCAUACUACAACACUUUGCAUGACGUUGAUGUUUUUUUAGUAGUUUUUUUCCAUCUCCUUUUCCUAGUGCUUGUUUGAUGUAGAUUCCUUUUACACAGUUGCAUGUGUGGGUGUGCAGGGUGGGGGUGGAGGGGGGGGGGGGGCGUGGAGUUGGGUUGCCUGUGAGCGCCACCUUCUGGUGUAUCUGACAUGACACACAGAGAAAAUAGAACAGGCAAGAUAUGCAAACUGACCCCAGAGUCUGCACAGCCAUGUUCACUGUUUUGGUGCCAAACUUUGUGUUACAUCGAUGACAUGUACAGAACCACAGUUAUGUCCUUUUGAAAAUGACAAAUUCUCUACAGAAAAUCAGAAGCUAAAAGUACUGAUGAAAAA